AUGGGUACUAGGUCAAAUGAAUUCGACAAAUCCCAGCUGGAUGACUCAGACAACAACGAUAAGGAAACAGGAGGAGAGAAGGAAACUGAGGAGGUGGAAGAGACGACAGACGACAACAGCAUCAAUGAUGCUGUAGCUGUACCAGAAACAGAAAAGGAAACAGGGUUGGCUGAGGCUGAGGAUGUCGGAAAUGAAAGGGAACUGGAACUGGAAGAGACAAGGGAACUGGAACUGGAAGAGACUGACAAUGAAAGCGAACUGGAACUGGAAGAGACCGACAACGACAGCGACGACUCUGACUGGUCAGCUAGUAAGCCCCGCACCAGGAGAAACAAGGCCAGGAGAAACAAGGCAAGGAGAAGCAACCGUAUUCGGGUGCAGCUCUUGGAGACAAGGAGGCAACAGAACGAACAGCCCUUGGUGUUCUCUAAAACAGAGCAAACAAAGAUUCUGCGGGAGCAAGCAAAGGAACGUUUGGAGAAAUUGGAACAGGCGGAGAAGUCCAAGUGGCAAGCAAAGGCAGAGGAACAGUUGCGGAAAUGGUCGGCGGUACCAGAAAAUGAGCCAAUGCUGUUGGUAUCAAUGCUUGCCUUGAUUCCAUUGAAUAGGACCCCCUACCAGAGAUGGAUCGCUCCGCUCAUUGUGAUCUCUGAGGUUUGUGGUUUCGACAUUUUCGAUUUGGUAUGGGGGCAAAAAGCUGGGAGGAAGGAUGAUCACAAUGACCUCAGGUCAAUGACACCAAUAGAAACACUGGUCGAUCGUCGUUGGGAGCUCCCAACGGUCCCAAACAUGCAAAGACACCAACGGACCUUCGUGUGGAAUUGCUACAGAAAGGUCUACGUCAAGGACUACCACCAUGCCUCUAAGCGGUGCAACGAGAUCUUCAGACAGCGCAACAUGGCAGUAACAUUGCCGGGAUGCCCCACUUUCGACGCAUUCUUGAGACUACACUUCAACAAAGGCCGCACUGUUCUCCACAAGCUCCUUUAUUCAUCCAGGACCUCCCACAGGAAUGACGACAGGCCGUUGGUGGCAGAGUUCAUCUCUACUCAGCUAGCAGAGUGUACCACAAUUACAGAAUUCGAGAAAAGGGUGGCAGCCAAGGUUAAAUGUGGGUUGCGUGCUAAGAUGGAGUGGUGGGGACAGCAGACAAUAGAGAAAUCAUGGAAGAAAGGCAACAACACCAACGAUUCCAAGUCCAAGUCGGACAAGUCCGAGUCCAACAACAAGCCCGAGUAUGACAAGUCCAAGUCCGAUACCUCCGCUACGUCCAAAGAAAUGAAUGCCAAAGAAACGAAAGAAAUGAAUGCCAAAGAAACAAAUGCUACCACGACCAAAGCCAGCGACAUGGCGAAUGGCACUGCCACGGCAAACAAAGAGGCCACCACGGAGGCUAGCAAGGCUACCACGGACACGGAGGCUAGCAAGGCUAUGACCGACUUGGAGGCUACCAACAGCAAGGCUACUCCGGAGGCUACUCCCAAGGCUACCAAGGCUACUCCCGAGGCUACCAACACAGACGCUACUCCCAAGGCUACCAACAUGGAGGCUACUCCCACGGAGGCCAAGGCUACGACCGACAUGGAGGCUCCCAAGGCUACCAACAUGGAGGCUCCCAAGGCUACGGCCGACAUGGAGGCUACUGACAGCAAGGCUACUCCCAAGGCAGACACUACCGACAAGGCUGCCACUGCUACGAAUGCAACAGGCAACACACUUAGCAACAGCAGGAGCAAAGCGAUACCAAUAGCCAUGGCUGAAGCUGAAGCGAUACCAAUAGCCAUGGCCAUAGCCUUACCGACUGAUUCGGCUAUGAACGUAGAGAAUAUCGAAGAUGUGGCUACCUUCCAUAUGGCUAGGGUUACGAACGUAGAGAAUAUCGAAGAUGUGUCAGUGCGGAGAGAGAUGUUCCGGCGGGAGAUUGACAAAAGAAAAAGGGAGCUCUCUACCAAGACAACUACCAAGACCAAGACUACAACUAUCCGGCAGACCACCGUAACUGAGACGUACAAACCAGAGACGUUCAAACCAGGGACACCCUACCCAGUUGACCCGAAAAAGCUUGCAGAAUUAUGUUGCCAAAUGGAUUACAAAACACUCCUAUCCGCGAUAGAAAAAGAGGAUGCAACUCUCGAAGAGAUGAUGGCUAAAGUGAAGAAGGACCUGGCUGCACAAGGCUUAGCAAGCUUAGCAACCAAUGGCAAGCAAUCAAAGAAUGACAAACCAUCACCCCAGCCCCAGUCAAGGAAUGGAAAGCAAUCGAAGAAGUCAUCUAACGCCAAGCCCAACAACAAGCGGAAGCUGCCACUCAAUACAAUUCCCACUGGUUCGGGCUCAAUCAAGAAGGCUAAAAAGGGGCCAGUAAAGGGCACUGUUGAAGGGCCAGUAAAGGGCCCUGUAAAACAACAGUGGAUGCGCCGCCCGCCAAUGAUGGCUUCAAAGAAGCCAUCUGUCCCCGCUGCGAUUACAUCUGGCCGCCUUGAUAUGAAGGCAUAUGAAGCAGCCAUUGCGGCCCGUGAUCCAGGAAUCCUUCCCAUUUUGAGUAAGUGGAAGACUAUGUGCGGGACCAAUGGAUCUAGGCCACUGUACUAUGCGACUCUGAAGGCACUGGCAGUCAGGGAGUCCUUGACUGAGAUUUUUCUUGUGCACAACACUGAGCAGUUCCCUGCUUCGUUGGCAAAAUCGUUGCUACAAGCACCCCAACGGUCCGUGGGUCACACGUACGAGAAACCAGGUUGCGAUUUUGUCACUAUGGCACGAGAAGUCAUGAGUUACAUGGAAUCCUUCCUCCGGGCUUGCGAUCUGUGGGGAGUGUCCAUAAUGCGGUACUAUUGGGAGUUUUACCUGAUGCAGGGGAUGCAAAAACACACUGCGUCGUCAAUGGACCCUCAGCUGCGGUUGAGGGCAAUGCUUUUUUGUCUAGUGAUCAGCGCAGCCAGCACUGACUCCUCUGCCAUUGAGAGCACAAUCAACCUCCACCGGGUGUUCGGUUUGAACAUAGAUCUCAUGGCAGAUGCAGAAGACAGCGACAUUCUGACUUGCAUCAUAAAAGCGGGGAUUGGUCCCAAACGAGCCAAGUACAUCAAGGCCAUCUGUACCAGAUUGCGGGACGAUUUCGGUGGGAGGAUCCCCUGCUCCCUUGAGGUCCUGGUCACGUUUCCAGGAGUUGGGCGGAAGACAGCCGUGCUGCUUCUGUUGGAGGGCUUUGGUAUGUGUGGAGCUGGCAUCGGGACAGACAAGCACGUUUGCCAUGUGUCCUAUGCCAUUGGCCUGUAUGAGCUCCCAACAGAUUUGAAGGCGCUGUAUCCGGUCCAUGUUGAAAACAGCCUCAGAGAGUGGGUGGCCAUACAGCACUACAAGUCUGUCAAUUGCAUCUUUGGGUGCAUGGCGCAGUUGCUGACCCAGGACAUCAGCACAGUGACAAAAGGAGAUGCCGCCGUGGAUGCCAAGGUAAACUUUGUUUUGGCUGCCUUGUGCUCCCAGUUCCAGGUUGAAUACAGCGUGGAAAUCAUUUGGUUCAUCAUUGGGGCAAUCCGCCGGCAUUACAUCGUUUCCAAUUGUGCCGUUGAAUAUGUGGAAGAGGCUGAAGGAUUCAAUCCUGACGCCGUUGAUACAGGGGGGAGUACAGGGACAGACCUUGAGGCCCUUGAUACAGCUUCAACAGUUCCAGUCCUCAUGGAAAAUGUCCCUGCGUGCAAAUCUCCAUUUGACCCUGCUGCUGUGUCCAAAUCUCCAUUUGACAACGACGGUGUGUCCAAAUCUCCAUUUGACGACCCCAAAUCUCCAUUUGACAACGAUGAUGCAUAA